CCGGCUGUGGGGGCUGGUGACGCGGGCCGGCGUUCACGAGAGGUCCCGGAGGCGGGGCUCUGCCCGCUGCCCAGAGAGCGGCAGGACAGAAUGCUUUGACCUCCAGGCUGUUUUAAAUCUGGUAGAUAAGCCAGAUACUGUCCCAUAAGCCCUUGGCCCACAUCUAAGUGGGAAUGCAGCUAUCUUGGAUGUCUGGAACUUUUUAGGCACCAGUCUCUGAAGUCCUGGUUGCUAGCCUAAGGACUAGACUGCUGGGGUGGUUCACGAGCUGGUCAUCUGUGCAGGAUAACCACACAGCAAAAAUGUUUGCAAAACUAAAGAAGAAAAUUGCAGAAGAGACUGCCGUGGCCCAGAGGCCAGGAGGUGCUACUAGGAUCCCACGGUCGGUGAGCAAGGAAUCGGUUGCCUCUAUGGGAGCUGACUCAGGAGAUGACUUUGCUUCCGAUGGAAGCAGCUCCAGAGAAGAUCUUUCAUCCCAGCUUUUGAGAAGGAAUGAACAGAUACGGAAAUUAGAAGUCAGACUUUCUGACUAUGCUGAACAGGUCCGAAACUUGCAGAAGAUAAAAGAGAAGCUUGAAAUUGCAUUAGAAAAACACCAGGAUUCUUCCAUGCGGAAAUUUCAAGAGCAGAAUGAGACAUUCCAAGCCAACAGAGCCAAAAUGGCAGAAGGACUGGCUUUGGCAUUAGCCAGAAAGGACCAGGAAUGGUCAGAAAAAAUGGAUCAGCUUGAAAAGGAGAAAAGGUUUCUGACAGCUCAGUUACAGGAAAUGAAGAACCAGAGUUUGAAUCUUUUCCAAAGGAGGGAUGAAAUGGAUGAAUUAGAGGGGUUCCAGCAACAGGAACUAAGUAAAGUAAAGCACAUGCUUUUAAAAAAAGAAGAAAGUCUGGGGAAAAUGGAGCAAGAGUUGGAGGCACGAACCAGAGAACUUAGUCACACCCGGGAGGAGUUGAUGACCUCCAGUCAGAUGUCAUCAGACUUGAGCCAGAAGCUAGAAGAAUUGCAGAGACACUGCUCAGCGCUGGAAGAGCAGAGAGAUCAUGUGACAGCUUCAAAAACAGGUGCAGAAAAUAAGGUCUCAGCCCUGGAGCAAAAGGAACAAGGGCUCCAAGCGUUCAUUCAGCAGCUUUCCGUGGAUUUGCAGAAGGCCACUGCUGAGACUCAAGAGAAGGAAAAACUCAUCACCCAUUUGCAGGAGAAGGUCUCAUCCUUGGAGAAGAAACUAGAGCAGAACUUAUCAGGAGAAGAACAUGUGCAGGAACUGCUGAAAGAGAAAACUGUUGCUGAGCAGAAUUUGGAGGCUACCAGACAGCAGCUCAUGGCAGCCAGAAGCAGCCAGGCCAAGGCCACCGACAUCCUGGAGACUCGGGUGAAAGAACUCGAGCUGAGUUUGCAAGCGUCUGAGGAGAAGCUGAAGCACAGUGGUGAUGUCAUGGCAGCUCAGGAAGCUCAGAUUCAGGAGCUCGCUGCCGCAAACCGGGAGAGCAGCGCUGCGCCCCGGCAGGCGCCGGCUCUGGAGCCGCAGUGCCUGGAGCGCGUGUGCACGCUCGAGGCGCCGCUCGCCGCCCUGGAGAGAGACCGGGGGGUGGGGUGGGGGGGGGCGCAGACAGCGGAGGAGCGGGAGGUGAGAGAGCUGGAGCAAGAAAAUGCAGCCCUCAAAGAAAGUAAGAAUGAAUGUGAACGUUCUUUACAACACCACCAACUUGAACUGAAGAAGCUAAAGGAAGAAUGGAGCCAAAGAGAAAUUGUGAGUGUUGCCAUGGCUCAAGCCCUGUUUUUUUUACGGAAGCAGAGGGAAGAGUUCCAGCAACAGGCUGCUAACCUCACAGCUGUCAUAGAUGAGAAGGAGCAGACUCUGCAGGUUUUUUUUGAAGUGAUUCUCCAGAAAGAGCAGGAGAUUUUCCAGCUGAAGAAAGGUCAUGACUCUGCCCUGUCACAGAUGCAUCAGCUGCAGAGUGAGCUGGAAGCCCUGCGGAGCCUGAGGGCAGAGGAGUCCGAGGCUGCUGCGAGGGACGAUGUGCUGAGACUGCCCAGCCCCGAGCAGGGGUUGACGCUCUUUUUUUUCGAGCCUCACGUAACCUCAAGGGCCGCGCAGGACCCCAUGGACCAGCUUCCAGCGGCGGAGAGAAUCCCAAACGGUGAGGUGGGGGUCAUGGACCUAUUUUUUUUACAGAAGGAGAAACAGGACUUGGAGCAGCAACUUCUGGAGAAAAAUAAGACCAUAAAGCAGUUUUUUUUGAGGAUGCUGGAACUCAAAAAGACUCUCCAGAAGGAACUGCGUAGCAUCUUUCCAUGGGGUUUUUUUUUUUUCAGACCCGACAAUGAGCUGUUUGAAGUCCGGGACAAGCCUGGCCCUGAGAUGCUUUUUUUUGCCCCUUCUGUCACGAAUAACGCUGACCUGACUGAUGCCCGAGAGAUCAACUUUGAAUACCUGAAACACGUGGUUUUGAAAUUCAUGUCCUGCCGAGAAUCUGAGGCUUUUCACCUUAUAUUUUUUUUGUCAGUGUUGCUGAACUUCUCAGAAGAGGAAGAGAACAUGCUCAAAGAAACCCUUUUUUUUAAGAUGUCAUGGUUUGGGUCCAAGCCAGCCCCCAAGGGCAGCAUCCGGCCAUCCAUCUCCAACCCUCGGAUACCGUGGUCCUAG